AUGCCGUUUCGGGAAGAUGUUUUCUUGUCUUUUCUUUCUCUCUCCACUUCGGCUGCUGCUUCUUGUUGUCUUCUUCUACGCUCCCUUCAUCUUCCUUUCCCUCUUCAUCUUCUCUUUUCUCUCUUCCCCCCACAAUUCCUUGUCCCCUUCCUCUUCCCUUAUACUCAUCUCUCAUCUUCCCUAUUUCCCUUCCUCAUGGCUUCCCUGUCCGACUUUGUCGACUUCUCCCAGCCGUCCCUCCAAUGGGCCGCGCUGUCAAUCGCCUUUAACCCUAUCUUCUGGAACAUUGUCGCCCGUGCUGAGUAUCGGAGUCACUUCUUGACUCGUAUAUUCGGUAACGCCUACUACGGCUGCUACUUCCUCGCUGUCACCAUCUUCAGUCUGGGAAUUUUGCGAGACCAUGUCUACCAAGUGGCCCUGGAAGACCAACCUUAUUAUGCCCCUGUGCACCAACCCGUCCUCGGCGGCCUUCUCUUCGCCUUCGGCUCCGUCCUCGUCCUGUCCAGCAUGUAUGCCCUCGGUGUCACCGGCACUUACCUUGGCGACUACUUCGGUAUCCUGAUGGAUGCGCCUGUCACCGGCUUCCCCUUCAACGUUACUGGUUCCCCCAUGUACUGGGGCAGUACUCUGAACUUCUUGGGCGUUGCUCUCUACAAGGGCAAGGUGGCGGGUGUCUUCCUGACGGCCGAGGUCUUCAUCCUGUACUGGUUCGCUCUCCAGUGGGAGGAUCCCUUUACGGCGGAAAUCUACGCCAAGCGGGAACGCGAGCGCGCCAAAUCCAAGAGCGGCGGCAAGAGCUUGUAA